UGAGAGUGGGAAGACCAACACGUGGGUGACCUCUCGCUUCUCUGUUCAGUCAUUAAUUUUCCUUAUUUGGUAACUGUGCAAACCCGAGCCAGGAGUUUUCUUUUCUCAUGAGCGCUGUUGCCGGUGAAUAAGUCUCGUUUUGGAAGGGUUAUAUAGAUGAUUCGUCGCUGUUUUCUGUUCGGCUUUUGUUUAUAUUCUUUGGUUUAUUAGGAUGGCGAGUGGAGGACGACUGGUGGUGAUGGUGAUGAUGAUGGUGGUGGUGGUGAUGACGGUGGUGGUGGUGGUGCAAGGGAAACCAUCGCAGCAUCUUCACACUAUAAGAUUCUGGGCAGAUGGUGAUGGACUGAAGAGGCUGGAGGGAGGGAUGACUGAGGAGGAUGACGAAGGAAGAGGAGGAGGAGGAGAAACUUGGAGGAGGAUAAAGAGACAAGCUGAAGGUGACGAAGAAGGCGACGAAGGGGCAGAUUACCUCGAGAAUGAAGAUUACGUUGAAAAUGAGAACGACAACGCUGAAGAAGACGGAAGAGACGGAGAGGAAGGAGGAGAAGGAACAGGAGCAGAAGGAGGAGCAGGAGGAGGAAAUGAAGCAGGAGCAAGAACAGGAGAAAGAGAAGACGUCACAGGAGGAGCAAUCAUCGAAGUAAACACGGAGGGAACCACAGCAGCAGCAGGAGGAAACAACACAAACGGGGCAGCAGCAGGAGGAGCAGGAGGAGAAACAGGUGGAGGGAACACAGGAAACGAAGGCGAAGAGGAGGAGGAGGACGACCUGGGGGAAACUACUAAUGCCUCAGUGUCCCCGUCAACGCCAGGUGCAGGAAGCUUAGGCUCCACCCGCAGCUCAGUCUCAUCCACGCCCAUGCCCACCAACUCUACUGUCUCUUCCUCUGCCUCCUCUACCCCCGUCACCUCCUCCUCCCCCUUCUCCUCUUCCACCCUCAGCACAACGCCCUCCAUCCGCGCUGAGUCCUCUACCUCCACCCAGAGCACCACCCGCGCCCCCUCUGUCUCCACCUCCACCCCCGGCAGCUACAGGGACGGCGCCCGUUGGAUGUGGAAGGGGAAAGGUGACGGCGGGUCAGGAGGGACACGUUCAGGCUUGUCCGCGUCCCCCAACGGAGGCAUCGCGCAGCAGGGCAAUGCGUUCGGGGUGUUCGCUCAGAGCCUCGGCCAGAGUGGGAGCGGCUUGGGCGGCAGCGGCGUCCAACAGAGCGGCGGCGAUUUUGGUGCCGUCAACAGUGGAAGUAAUGCAUUUGGCGUACUAAACGGAGGAACACAACAGAACAGUAAUCCCUUUGGUGUUUUGAACGGAGGAGGACAACAGAACAGUAAUCCCUUUGGUGUUGUGAACGGAGGAGGACAACAGAACAGUAAUCCCUUUGGUGUUGUGAACGGAGGAGGACAACAGAACAGUAAUCCCUUUGGUGUUUUGAACGGCGGAGGACAACAGAACAGUAAUCCCUUUGGUGUUGUGAACGGAGGAGGACAACAGAAUAGUAAUCCCUUUGGUGCUAUUAACGGCGGCCCUCAACAAGUCAAUAAUCCCUUUGGUGUCGUUAACGGCGGAGCACAGCAAGGCGUUAGUGGUUUCGGCGUCACUGGUUUGGGAGGACAGCAACUUGACAACGGCUUGGGCCCGGCAGACAUCGGUGCACAGCAAGGGUUCGGUGCGACGCCUUUCGGAACACCAAUCAACCAGUUACCAAUCAACCACAUUCCUGGCUACGGUCGACCACAUUUCCAUCCCUACUACGGUGUCCCCGGCUACGGCUUGCCCGGCCCCCUCUUCAGGCAGGUCGCCACGCCACGCAAGUCCAAAGCAAAAUCCGCCGUAGGGAACCAAGCGAGUCAGGGGAAGCAAGAUAGGCAAGGGAGUGAAGGGGAGCAGGAGCAAGGGACAAACACAACCAAGGAAGCCUCAGGGAAUAACGCCCCACGAAAAGAGAAAGGGACAAGAAGGCGAUGGAUUUGGGGACGAUGAGGAAAAAGCAGAAACUCUUAUUCUCUUUCCCCAACCCUCCCUACCCCCAGAGAGCCCAGUCCCCAGCCUCUGUUUCCCCAGUCCCCUCCCUUUCCCAAACCCACAGCCUCGGACACAGAAAUAUCAUCAGUAACAAGCCUCGAACGUCACUCUUAGCAGAAACAUUUUAAGAACUCCUUCCUGACAGCAUCUGAAACAUCACAUUUUUACUUUCUUUUUUCAUUGGGUCUUGUUUUUUUCAUUUGUUUCUAUUUCUAGUUUUAUCUUCUCUCUCUUUCUAUCUUUUUAUAUAUAUCUUUUCUGACCCACUUGUCUGCUUGAUUCUCUCUUCUUCAUCGUUUUCCUCUACCAUUCUUUCCGAUCUCUCUCGCACAGCUUCACUCCCUACUCCCUAAUCUCCCCCUCCCAACCUCCCACCUACCCAUUCUCUCUUCUUCCUCGUCUUCCUCCCACUUUUCCUCCCAAGCUCUCGACAUGCUUCACUCCGUACUCCCUGAUCUACCCCUACCAACCUCCCACCUCCCCAUUCUAUCAUCGUUUUCCUCCCACUUUUCCUUCCAAGCUCUUGCCCUGCUUCACACCCUACUCCCUAAGCCUCCUCCUCCUCCUCACCCCCCACUCUCUCUCUCUCUCUCCCAAGCAUACACAUACGCUAGGACGCUCUAAGCUCCUCCAGCGCCGCGGUAAAGCUUCGUAAUGGCACGGGCUUCCCAGAAUGCAACGGACGCUAAACACCCUCGCAAUAUAUUUCUCGGUCGUUUCCAGUUUUCCAGCCGCUCGCCUCGCUGCAAUAAAUGUUCCCCCUGAAUGUAUGUCGUUUU